UCAAAGGGAAAUUUUCUGACCGUUGUUGUGCGGGAGUAUCCACGGGGAAAGCCGUUCAGCAGGUCACCAAUCAGUUUCUCAAGCAGUUAGGUAUACAUCCUGACUGGCAAUUUGUAGAUGUCUAUGGUAUGGAACCGGAACUGCUUAGCAUGGUGCCAAGACCUGUAUGUGCAGUGCUUCUUCUCUUUCCAAUAACAGAAAAGUAUGAAACCUUCAGAACAGAAGAAGAAGAGAGGAUAAAAGCUAAGGGGCAAGAUGUCAAAUCAUCAGUGUAUUUCAUGAAGCAAACUAUCAACAAUGCUUGUGGAACAAUUGGGCUAAUUCAUGCUAUUGCCAACAACAGAGAGAAAAUGAACUUUGAAACCAAUUCAUCACUGAAAAAGUUCCUAGAGGAUUCUUUAUCUAUGACUCCUGAAGAGAGGGCCAAAUAUCUAGAAACUUACGAAGCAAUUCGUGUCACUCAUGAAUCCAGUGCCCAUGAAGGUCAGACUGAGGCACCAAGUAUAGAUGAAAAAGUAGAUCUUCACUUUAUUGCAUUAGUUAACGUAGGUGGUCAUCUCUAUGAAUUGGAUGGACGCAAGCCAUUCCCAAUAAACCAUGGGGAAACUAGUGAUGAUUCUUUUUUAGAGGAUGCAAUAGAAGUUUGCAAGAAAUUCAUGGAACGUGACCCAGAAGAAUUAAGAUUUAAUGCAAUUGCACUGUCCGCAGCUUAAAAAUUUUCCACUUGGGCUAACCUAUUGCAGUGUGUUGUAACAAGAUAACUGUUGCCAUACGUUAAUAGUACAAGUUUUGAUACUUCCCUAACAUGUCCAUUAAUUGUAGCACAUGUGGAAUAAACUUUGCAUUUGUCCUUGAUAUAACUUGCUGCUUGUUCCUGAAGCAAAUUCAUGUAUUUGUGUACACGCAUGCAUUCUGUGCAAGAUGUCUGCGUGGCGGGGUUUUCUCCUUCUACCCCCUUAAUAGUUUUGGAAAUCAGUGCCUGUGAUAUUUCAUCGUAAUAAUGAUGAGCUAGUUCAGAGUGGGACUCUUGCUCAUACCAUUUUGCAUAUAAUAUUUUGAGUGGAAUAUGGGAUACUGGGCAAAAACUUGAAAUAUGAGGUUACUUGCAUCUUUUAAUUAAAAUGAUACAAUAAUACUAUAAGAACUUUUGCAGGUAGCUCAGAAGAUAAAGCCACUUUUUUUCAUUGGAUUAUUUAUAAAUAUGUGGAAGAAAAAAAGAGCCAGGACUGUUUCUUCUUACUGGUGCUCAGGAAUAAUAUUUUUAAAAUUCUUAUAUUUACAUUUUGAAGAACAUUCAUUUUGUUUUUCAAGCCUAAUAAUGUUAAAGCUUUUUAAUAAUUUAUUAGUUAAACCAGUGUAUGCGAUUUGUAUUUGUGGAAAAACAGCAUGAAUUUUUAUCUCAGAAAAACCAAGUAGUGAUUAAUGUGGUCACUAAUGGUAGGACUGCAGAGGGAACACACAAGUGAAUAAACAAAACAAAGCAUCUCACCUAACUGAAAUAAAUGCUAGAAAAAGUCGUAACUGUUUCAGUGAAGUUUUUUAGAACAAGGCCACAUUCUGUAGAUCAUCAGAUGGACGUGAUGGCUAUAUAUAUUUAUUCCAUGUAGGAAUAUCUACUGUAAAUGUGUCAGGUGGCACUACUGACUGCUGUGGGAUACCCUUCCCUUUCCCCAUCCCCUGGGUCUCAACUGUUGACCAAUUUCUACACUUGAAGUCUUGAAGUACCAACUUGAAUGAUAAAACUUUUUUGUUUGUCUUUUUUUUUUUUUUUUUGCUAAGCAAUCCUGUGGUUUAGGAUUGUUGUGCAAGUAGGUUUUGUUUAUUUUGCAUAUUUCAGAUAAGUAUUUACUUGCUGCUUUGCAGUGAAAUUAUUGAGGUUUGCUUCCAGUCAAGACCACUGCCAAAGGAAACUGAACUCUCAGUCUCCCAUAGGUGCUUUCACUCUCUGUUAACUGUCAUUGCAGGAAAAACAAAUGGAAUUAUGCCAGAAGCAGCUUGGCAGAAUUUUCCUUCUCUACAGAAGAAGAGGCCUGGGAGUCUGUCUUAUCACUUAAGAGCAUCUCUUGCUCUUCUAAAGAAGUCAGAGUGUCUGUCUAAAAAUCUCAUCUGGAGAGUCCACUAACAACAAGAGUCUGUUUCCUAUGAGAGCUGGCUGGAAAAGUGAGAGGGAAGAACAAUACUAAUGAACUUCCAUGUGGAGCAUUUUCUUCAGCCCAAUAAAACAUACUAUCAUUAA